AAGCGCAACGGCUGUUCUCGUGACACGGCUGUCGCAAUCAGCUGUUGCGGUUAUCAAAUCGCAGCCGGUUUCAAAUUGGAAACAAAUGCGGAAUUACAUCGUUGUGCGACGACUGGCAACACAGCCAAAACUAGCCAAUGCUCCCAAGCGUAAAUGGAAAAGCGUCGUUGGCUUGGAGGUGCAUGCCCAAAUCGCCAGCGUCUCCAAACUGUUCUCGGGCAGCGGCACCGCUUUUGGAGCACCGCUAAACACUGGAGUGGCCUACUUUGAUGCCUCCAUACCAGGCACACUGCCGGUGCUCAAUAGAAAGUGCGUGGAGUCGGGCAUCAAGACAGCUUUGGCGCUUGGCUGUCGUGUAAACGAGGUGUCCAUGUUCGAUCGCAAGCAUUACUUCUAUGCUGAUUUGCCAAACGGCUAUCAGAUUACACAACAACGCGCUGCAUUGGCCAACAAUGGUCUGAUGACGUUUCCCGUCAUAACUCCUGGCAAAAAAGUCUAUUACAAGUCUGUGAAUCUGCUGCAAUUGCAGCUGGAGCAGGACAGCGGCAAGUCGCUGCAUGACGAUUAUCUGAAACGUAGUCUAGUGGAUCUAAAUCGAGCUGGUUUGCCGCUCAUGGAAUUGGUCUUUGCGCCAGAUCUGGAGACGGGUGAAGAGGCGGCAUCGCUAGUCAAGGAGCUGAUGCUUAUAUUGCGACGACUGCAAACCUGCAGCUGCAAAAUGGAAGAGGGUGCUCUGCGUGUGGAUGCGAAUAUAUCCAUACACCAAGAGGGCGACCCUUUGGGCGUGCGUACUGAGGUCAAGAACAUUGGCUCCGUGCGUAGCAUCUCGCAGGCCAUCAGCUAUGAGAUCAAUCGCCAGCUGGAGCUGGUAGCCGACGGCGGCGUCGUCACAAACGAGACACGCAACUGGGAUGCCGAGAAUAGACGCACUGUGGCCAUGCGUGACAAGGAAGUGCUGCAGGAUUAUCGCUUUAUGCCUGAGCCCAAUCUGCCGCCACUCCAUCUAAACCUGAAGCCAGGUUGUCGUUCCACCAAAGAACUGAUAUCAGUAGCUGAGCUAAGCGAGCAGAUUCCAGAGCUGCCGGAGCACACGCGACAGCGUCUCAUGGAGCACUACAAGCUCAAUGCGGAGACGGCAAUUAUUCUAGUGAAUGAGCCUGUGCUGCUCGAGCAUUUUGUGAACAUCAGCAAGAGCUUGGCUGGCGUCCCAACCAAAGUGAUUACCAACUUCUUAAUCAACGACUUGCUGACCUACUGCAACAAGCUUAAUUUGGACGUAGACGAUUGUGCCAUCAGCGCUGAGGCUUUGAAGGAUGUGCUGCAAGCGUUGCAUGCGGAGCAAAUCAAUUUGCAAGCAGCACGUCAGCUCAUACAACUUUUGCACAAUAAUCCCAGUCAGACUGUGAGCCAGCUCGUAACGGAGAAUAAUCUACAACAGAUCUGCGAUCUGGCCAGCAUUGAAGCCUAUUGCCAGCAGGCAAUAGCCAACCAGCCGAAGGCUGUGCAGCAGUAUCAAAAAGGCAAGUCCAAGGCGCUCUUUGCCAUCGUUGGCGAGGUGGCCAAGUUGUCGGCGCAAAAGGCCAACAUGAAGCUAGCAGUUGAGUGUCUGGAAAAGCUGCUUAAGAAGCAGCAAUAAAUAAGGAUAACUUAAAGCUUAAAGUGUUGUUCGUGU